UAAAGCGUUACCGGGCAGGGCACGGACGUGGGGCGGCCUCCCCUGAUGUUUCCACGCUGUGGUCUCCCGGCGUCGAGCAAGCCAGGAUGUCGCUAGCGCUGUGGGCUUUCCGCGGCCUUCGGAGCCACAGCCCAGCCCGCCGGAGCCAUGCUUAAAAAUAACGCUCCCCGCACGGUCCCCUGGGGGACAGCCAGCGUGGUGCACGGGGAGGCAACGGGCUCUGAUGAGCGCCUACUGGAUGCCAGGCGCUGCGGAGGCAUCAGCUCACAGAGCCUUGCAGGCGCCUUGGGAGGGAGGGAUCAUCAUCCCAGAGGGGGAAACUGAGGUUCGGGGAGUGAUGCCACUGGCUGUUUCCUGGUAAGUCGGCGGCAGAGCUGCCACACAAGCCCAGGAGAUGAAGCGACAAGAAGUCAGGGGCUCUGUGUCCCACUCUGCUGGGUCCCGAGCUGCUGGAGCAGUGUUUGGCACCAGCAAGCACUCAGAGGUGGCUGCCAUGGAACUUGUCCCCAGCCUGCUCCUCUCGCCAGCCGCGCAGCUCGGUCACCGGCAGCUCCAUCCCUCCAGAUGCUCAGGCCAGAGACUUCCUCCCCAGCCCCUCCGCUGCUCUCCCCGCACCCCGUGUCCUUGCUGCUCCGGCCCUGGCCCAGCCCUGCCUCUCUCACCUGGCCCUGCAGGAGCCUCCUUCCUGGCCCCGGCUUCCACGCCCGCCCCCCCACGGUCUACCCCGCCCCCACGGUCCACCCCUGCUCCCACGUUCUUCCUCCAUCUGCACCUAAGGGGACACAUUCGACUAGUUUAUCCAUCACCCACAUGCAUCAGGACACAGCAGGGAACAGAGCUGACGUUGCAGGGUUGGGGGAGGAAGGCAGGAUAAUCCUUAAUAGAUAAGUUAAAUAUAUCACGUUUCAGAUGGCAAUAAGUGCUGAGGAGAAAAAUAAACCCGGGAAGGGCAUAGAGAGCAUCAGAGAGGUACCAGUCUACAUGGGGCGGUGGGGGGCGGGGCAGGGACGGUCUCACCGAGCAAAUAUUUGCACACACACUUGAAAGAGAUGAGGGAUUGGGCAACGGGGAAUUCUGAAGGAAGAGCGUUCCUGGCAGAGGAAACAGCAAGUGCAAGGUCCUCGAGGCUGGGUAGUGCCCGGCAUGUGUGAGGAUGACCAUGAAGGGCCCAGUGUGGCUGGAGCGGAGUGAGCGAGGGGCAGCCUGGGAGGAAGUGAGGUCAUAGAGCUAAGGGGCAGAUCCUGCAGAGCUUGCACAUUGUGGGAAGGACCUGGGCUUUUCUCUGGGGUAGGUGGGGGCCAUGGAGGGUUCUGGACAGAAGAGGGUAUGGUCUGACUUAGGGUCUGAAAUAAUCCCUGUGGCUGGGUGUGGAGAAUGGACCGUCAGGGACAACGAGGGAGGAGGACAACCAGGGGCAGGUGACUGCAGUGGUCCAAGCAAAAGAUGAUGGCGAAUGGGCCCGGGGGGGCGGCUGUGGGGGUGCGGAGGCUCAAAGAUCGUGGACCGGCUCUGUUCUGAAGGUGGAACUGACAGGACAUGGUGCUGGACCAAAUGUGACAGAAACUGCAAAGCCAAGGAUGACUCCAAAGUUUGAGGCUGAGCUACUGGAAAGACGGAACUUCUGCCUUUCAGAGACGCGCAAGCACCACGCUGGGCUCCACGGAGGGAGGGGCGUGGGACGGCCCGUCCCGGGGCCACACGGGACCAGUACGAAAGCCAUCCCUGGUGUGGCGGGCUUUGCUUCCCCAAAUUCCUGCUGGGUCAGCUCAGGAUUCCUCUCCAGCUCCCCACCCCACCCCUGGCCCAGAGUCCCUUGUAAAUGGUACAGGAGCUACCAGGUCCCUUCUUCUCUUCGAUGCCUGAAGAGCAGCAAAUGCUUCUCUAGUGGUUCUCGUGUGCCUGGCAAGAUCCUCCCUUUACGUUCGCUAAGUCACCUGGUCAUCACGACAAUCGAAGAGCAGAGGGCCAUGAGCGCCUCCGUUUAAGGGAUGGAGAAACUGAGGACCACAGAGAUUAAGUCGCUUACCCCGGACCGCGCAGCCAGCAAGCGGCACGGGUGGGAUUUGACCCAGGGGCCAGGCCCAGGGCUCGUGCUCUUAACUGCUGCACUGUCGCCUGAGCGGCUCACCAUUGGCCACGAGGCACCAAAUCGGGCUUGAGGGGCUGGAGUCGGGGGAGAGGGCUGCGGCGGCCCCUUCUGCACAAUAGGAACAGUUGCCAUUUUCUGGGGACCUGUCCUGGGCCUCGCGCUGCACUCGGCUUUCUCCAUCCCGCACGCCGACGGAAGGGGCAGGUAUUGCAGUGAUGGCACCCAUUCUACAGAUAAGGAGACCAAGAGAGAGGCAGUGCCCUGUCCAAAGUCACACAGCCAGCUGUGAGAACCUGGGGCUCCAGACCCCGUUCUGUCCCCUCCUCGACACUGCCUGUGCUUGUCACCUGCUUCCUGCCUUGGUGGUGGGGGCCAGUGGCCAGGUUGUCCUUUCCUUCAGCUGCUGGCGUGGGACAAGGAUGGGGAGAGGAGCUCGGGGAUGGCACAGCCGCGUGGUUCCCUCGGGCUUGCAGCUUCUGCCUGGCGCCGCUGUUGCCGAGGCCGGCUGUGGGCCGGGGCUCCACGGCCGAGCGUGUGAGGCAGGUCGAGGCCAUAGUAGACUCGACCGGGUAGAAGGUGGUGGGGUUGUCACAGGCGUCGAGGUCGGGAGCAGCGCAGAGGAGCAGGUGCGCACACCUGUGCCUGGGCGGCCGCUUCGCUCCCCUGGGCCUCAGCCUCCCGCUCCGCGCGACGGGAUGACAGCGUCUGCCUCCAAAGGCUGUGGCCGGGGCCAAAGGAGAGCAGCGAGGGGCACGCGCCGUCUCCGGCUGGCUCUCGGCUGUCUUGCAGGGCAGGAAGAGCAGGGGACCCGGCUCGUCACAGGUGUUCCGCGAACCCGGCACAUAGGAGGGGCCCAGAGCCUGCGGGACACACGGCAGAGAAGAAACGAACCUCCUGGUGACUCACCUUCCUCCUCAGUAAGGCGCAUGCUUUCCGUCUACGUGGACACAGACCCUCUCGGUCACCCACAAGAUGAAGACACUGAGGCUCAGAGAGCUGGAGUCACUUGCCCAAGGCCACCUGCUAAGGAGGGGCAGGGCCAGUUACCACUUAACCGGAGAGCAGCCGCGAUUUCCCGAGCAACUCCUUCAACCGCCAGGGUAAUGCCGCGGGCAGCGGUUCUCACCCGGGGGUGAUUUUGCCCCGCAGGAGGCAUCAGGCUACAUCUGCAGACACUUUCGGGUGUCACGGCUGAGGAGCAGGGAUGCCGCACGGGACAGCCCCACAGCGGAGAGUUAUCGACAGCACCAAGGUGGAGAACCCCGCUAUGAUGCAAGUUCUCUUAUGAUCUCCAUUUCAUAGACGUGGAAACUGAGGCACGGGGAGGGGCUGCCCCUUGCCCAAGAAGCCCCCUUCAGCCCCUGCUUGUCAUCACGAGACCCCACUGCCAAUCCUGAGAGCUCCCACCUUAAGGGACUCCUCCUCCGUCCCGGGCCCUCGCUUGCUCGGUAUGGACGAUGCUCCGCCUCCUUUCCACCUGUGAAGACAGCGCUUCAAUCACUGAGAAACGAGAUCGAGCCAAAACGUCACUAGGAAUGUGGGGCUGCCCCGAAAUGAACAUGUGUGUUAUUCACAGCAGCACUGAGGGACAUCGACAUUGACCGCACAUGGAUUCAUGGAGCAGGUACAUUCUGAGCACCUACUGUGUACCAGGCCCUAUACUUGGUACUAGAGACCCAGCGGAGAAGCAGACAGACCCAGCCCCUGCUGAGUCUUUGCAGUUGAUAGCCUAGUGGGAAAGGCAGACAAUAAACAAGAAAACAAAUACACAAUCAAGGUCAUUUCAGACUGUGUUAAAUGCCACUGUGGGGAGGAGGAAAGGCCACUCUAGAGAGGGUGGUGUCCAACAGGACCUCUCUGAGGAGAUGGGGCUAGAAGGAUGAGAAGGGACCAGCCUUGGAAAGAGGCAGGAAUGAAAAGUUCCACGUGGAGGAAUGGCAUGUGCAAAGGCCCUGAGGCAGGCGCUUGCCUGGAAUGUUAAGUACAGCUAGGAGGCCAGUGACUGCAGUCAAAUGAGGGAGGAGGAGAGGAGAAGGAGAUGAGAUUCAAGAAAUAACACGUGAACAGAUGUGCAGCACCUGUGACCACUGAAAGGGCUUUGCAUGGGCAGGUGGGAGCCGUGGUGCGAUUUUGAGCAGAGGAGGCAGCAGGUCUGAUUUAGGUUCUAAUAGGAUCCCUUUGGAUGCUUUGGUUAGCUGAACGGUGCCCCCCUCUGAAGAUGUCCAUGUCUCAAUCCCUAGAAUCUGUGAACGUUCCUUAAUAUGGCAAAAGAACUUUGCAGCUGUGAUUUGGUUAAGUGUCUUAAAAUGGGAAGGUUACCCUGGAUUAUCCCGGUGGCCCCAAUGUCAUCACAGGAGUCCUUAUAAGACAGGUGCAGAGUGAGAGCUGACUACGGAAGAGGAGAAGGUGGAGAGAAGAGAAAAUGACAGAAGCAGAGACUGGUGACGGGCCUUGAAAGAGGAGGAAGGGGCCGUAAGCCACGGGACGCGGGCGGCCACUAGAAGCUGAAACGGACAAGGAAACUGCUUUUCUCCUGGAGCCUCUGGAGGCAGCCCUGCCAACACCUUGGCUUCCGACCUCCGAAACUGCGAGAGUAAAUGAGUGUUGCUUUAAGCCAUAAGUUUGCAGUGAUUUGUUUUGGCAGCAGGAGGGACUAAGAGAGAUGGUAUGGGGAGGACAGACCGUAGGAGGGCCAGGCGGGAGCAGGGGACCCGGUGGGAGGGGCUACUACAAUAGUCCAGGCAGGAAAUGGUGGAGGACGGAGAGCAGUGGCUGCCUCCCUCAGCCGUCCCCGGGCCGGUGCCCAGGACAGACCUGGCCACCACGCGGUCCCUGCUCUGCGGAAGAAUUCAGCCGGAGGCAGCCCGGAGUCGUUCCGGGGGAAUGAGAGGGCCCAGGCUUAGCUGCCCCAGAACCUCAUGCCCUGAUGUCCCCUCCUCAGGGCGGUGUCCUUGACCACCCGCCUCAGGGAGCCCCUCCCAUUACUCCGGUGCCCCCACCCUGCUUCGGUUUGCUGUGUCUGUCUUACUGUCACCAGGCAUGUGACACCUUUGUCUGUUUCUUUAUUGUCUGGCGCCAGGAGAGGAAUGACGUCGUGCACCUGGUUCCCUGUGAGUCUCCAGCAUCUAGAGACAGUCCGGCGUGAAGGAGAGCUCAGGGCGUAUGUGCCGAAUGAACGAGCACACACACGGAUCGCCAUUCGACCCAGGAAGGUGACUGAAAACCACAGGGGAAGCCACUAACUCGGGGUCACACCGUUGCUAACUGUAGAUCCAGGAUUCGAACCCAGAACUGACUCCAAAGUUUGCACUAAGUAGGCCACCUCUUCCUAACACCAAUGACACUGCCUGCGUUCCAGAAAUUUUCACUUUGUGGGGGUAGUGCCCAUCCUUCUUGAGGUGUCAGACAUUCUAAACACAGCACCUUAGGGAACCCGCAGGCCAACUGACCUGCCCAGGGCUGUUCCUAGACAAGGAAACUGAAGCAGAGAGGUUGGGGCCUUCCCCAAAUGCACAGCUGGCCAGUGGCCGAGCCCAGAGAUCGGAUUCAACCCUUGCCAGACCCCACAGCUGGAAUCUUCUUUUACAUUUCCAGCAUGCUGGGGGGCCCUGGGAAAUAAGACUGUCUUGGCCAAAGAGGCAGAGUAGGUAUAGAUCACCGUGCCCCAUGUCCUGGCUGAGCCUGGAGGAAGUCCAUCAAUACCUCAAGCUGGAAACUUCUAAGAAACAAGGAUGAGGGCUUAGGAUCCAGGCCCCUGGGGUCAAACCCCAGCUUUGCUCCUGCCCUGCUGUGUGGCCUCAGACAAGUGGCCUCCCCUCUCUGGCCCAGGGCUCCUCUGAUAACUCCAUCUAAAAUUCUGGGCAGAGUUGAUAAAGCCCUACAGACUAUAUUUUAAAAUAAAAAAGACCCAGUAUGUAUUCUAGCUGACAUGUUAUAUCAGAUUAUACCGCUCGGGGCAUACAAAUGUAGUCAUAAUAAGUAUAAUAAACUUAAUUGGAAAAACUCGACAAUAAACAAAAGAGGAGUUUAUUUUUCUCCCGUGCGAAUGAAGUCCA